AUGGCCAAAUUCACUGGUGAGCCAUCUGUCAUGGGCGGCUCCGAGUUGCUCCGCAUGGUGCUUCUGACCUUUGUUGCCGUUGGAAUUACCUUUACCUGGAGUAUCGAAAUGACCUACUGUACUCCGUACCUUCUCAACCUUGGUCUUACCAAGAGCAACACUGCCCUGGUGUGGAUCGCCGGUCCUCUGUCCGGUCUUGUCGUUCAACCCAUUGUCGGUGUCGUCUCGGACCAGAGCACUUCGCGAUGGGGCCGUCGCAAGCCUCUUAUGGUCGUUGGGACCACCAUUGUCGCUGUCUGUCUGGUUACCCUUGGUUUCACCCGUGACAUCAUCAAGCUGUUUGUCGGCGACGACGAAGACGCCGUUAAACAACCCAGCAUUGUCCUGGCUGUUUUCUCUAUCUACGCCCUCGACUUCGCCAUCAACGCUGUCAGCCGAAUGUCUGCCGUUGGCCAUCUACUGGGCUACGCCGCGGGGGCCAUCGACCUCCUGGCCAUCUUUGGCAAGGCUCUGGGAAGCACGCAGUUCCAGCAACUUUGCAUCCUUGCCAUCUUCUUCGUUCUCGUUACCAACGCCAUCACCUGCUUCACCGUUACCGAAAAGAUUCAGCUCCCGGACCUUGAUGAGCCCAAGUCCAAGACGAGCGGUCUCGGUGUCUUCCGCGAGAUCUGGUCCACUUUCCGCACCCUCCCUCCACGCAUCCGUGCCAUCUGCUGGGCUCAGUUCUGGUCGUGGAUCGGUUGGUUCCCCUUUCUGUUCUACAGCACUACCUGGGUUGGCGAGACCUACUUCCGCUAUAACGUUCCCGACGACGCCAAGGACUCCAAGGACGUCCUGGGAGAUAUGGGCCGCGUUGGCAGCACCGCCCUCGUCCUGUACUCAUCAGUCACCUUAAUCGGCUCUGUCGUUCUUCCCCCUCUCGUUAAGUCACCCGAGGAAAAUAAGUCGGUAUCCGAAAAGGAGGAUACGGAGCGCUCGGCCCCUGGCUUCGUUAAGAGGCUCAACAACAAGCUCGGCGUAUACAAGCCCACUCUGCUAAACACAUGGAUCGCGGGCCACUUCAUGUUCUCAGGAGCCAUGGCCGUUGCCCCCUUUGCAGCAAGUGUCAAUGUUGCCACGGCUCUAGUGUGUCUAUGUGGACUGCCAUGGACCCUUGCCAUGUGGGUCCCUGUGGCCCUCCUUGGUAUCGAAGUUAACAAGGUUGCCGGAAGCGGGGCCGAGGGUGAAUCGACGCAGUACCGUCGUCUAUCAGAUGCGUCGGACGAAGACCUGGAGCUCAAUAACCGCCGCCCCUCCGCGGAGACUACCUCACCCUAUCCCGAGGACAAUAAUCGUCCGUCUGUAGAGACUUCUCUCUGCCCCGAGAAUAACUUUGAGAAGAAGUCGCCUGACUCGUCUGAUGCCGAGCUCUCCGGUGUCUACUUCGGUAUCCUCAACAUCUUCACCACGCUCCCUCAACUGAUUGCUAGCUUCAUCUCCACCGUUGUCUUUGCCAUCCUGGAGCCGGGUGAGAGCCCCGAACUGGCCCACAAGGCUCACCCGGACGAGCAAGCCGACACCGGCGGGCCCAAUGCUAUUUCUAUCUGCCUAUUCAUCGGUGCCAUAAGCACAUUUUACGCGGCCUUUGCCACGCGAAGGCUGAAGUCUUUGUGA